ACUGCAGGCGCGGACUGCGCGAGUGAGCCAGUGAUGGGCAUGGGUGAAAGAUAUAUUAUUUCAAAGCAGGUACUGCCCGUUGAUUUGACUACGUUCAGGGCGAAUUUUCGAUUGCGGUAUUUAUAAGCUGACUUCAAGUCGCUGAAUCGAAUUCAAAUUGAAUUUUCGAAAAAAGUAUAUAUACUUCGAAAAUAUCUAUCUAUGUUAUUUGAAAAAAAGACGUAACAUUCUUUAAAUAUUUGAAUGCAUAAAUAAGAGUAAUUUAGAUUAACGAAUAGCGUAGAGGAAAUAUUGAACUCAUCAUUGACGUAGAUGAAGUUAAUUUGUAAAAAUUAUUGGAUAGUUUUGUGGAAAACAGAAGAAAAAAGUUUUUGCUGGUUUGUGAUUGAAAUUAAUGAUAAAUUUAUAAAUUGAUGGGCGGUAGUCACUGUAUAAGCUCGUUGGCUCACAGAUGGCGUCAAAGUUAAUGCAUUCUAUGACAAUUACCAUCAUAAUAUACUAUUAUUGUAUUUUAUUAUGUGUCAGUUUGUAAUCGGUUUUUAAAAUCGCAAGAAAGGCGAUUACUUUCAGCAAUAAUGAAGUGUUCGGUAGAAAACUGUUAUAACAAUAAGAGAUUUAGAUUUCCGUCAUCCGAUGUAAAACGAAAGCAAUGGCUGGAUGCUAUAAGAAGACCGAAUUGGAAACCAAAAAAAGGGCAUGGGUUAUGUGGAGAGCAUUUUAAGAAAAGUGAUAUCAUUACAGAAAGUUAUGUGGGAGGUUAUAAACUUGAGAAAAUACAUUUGAGCUCAAAGGCUAUACCAUCCAUUUUUUCAUGGACUCCUAAAAAUGUGAAGAAAGUUAUUAAUAUAUUUGAAGAUGAAGAAGACACCGAAUCUGACAGUCAUGUUAAUUCUGAUUUGUCCACUGCGUUAGCUGUGGAUAUCAAAGAAUCAAGUAAGCCAAACAAUGAACCUGACAAAGUUGUCAACCAUGAUGAGAGUUUGAACACUAGUACAAUAAAUGACAGCAAAGGUGAGAAACAUAAAUUACAAGAACAUACUUAUAACAAGGAUAGUACAUGCGAUGAAAAUACUCAACCACAUAUACCAGCUCCUGUGACAAUUGAAGAUUUACAAACUGAUACAGAAGCACUUCUAUAUUUUACUGAAAUGCUGGAAGACUAUGACAGAUUUAUUAUCUCUUAAAAAUCUAUUGUUUUUAAUGUUAUGGAAAUUGAGAAAAAACUGCCAUGACUUUGAAUUUAGUGUUUUCUUCUCAAUACCUGAAGCAGCUGUUGGAAACAUUUUCAAAGCUUGGAUCAUUUUUAUGGCAAAAGAGUGGUCGAUAAAAGAUAUCUGGCCAAAUAAUGAGUUAAUGUGCUUUGACAUUUUUAAGCAGGUUUUCUUAAAACAAAAGUAAUGUAUCGAUGGAACAGAGAUAUAUUUAUAUUCAAAGGUCACAUAACGAAAAACACUCAUAAUAACUGACCAUUAUGUGAUAUUUUAUUAAAGACUGUGGUAAUGUAAUUACAGUAAAAAAUUUAAUUACAUUGUACAAUUGUAUAUUUGUAAAAUAACUAAAUUAUGGAAUAACAGUAUUAUAAAUAUUUUAUAAAACGAAAA